AUGAAAAGAUCAGUGAAAUCAUUCCUACAAGCUCCAAGCAACCUCUCCCAGUGGACCCACAACCUAACCAUCCGUCCAUCUUCAACCUCUGCACUCACGGUCUGUGAAAAUCCACCUCAAAUCACAGAAUCCAAGCAUUCUUAUUUGACAAAAUCAAUCUCAAAUCAUGUCCACAUGAACCAAAUGCUCAGCCAAAUGAUCAUGAACUACAUACCCAUCGACCACCUCAAUUUGAUGAAGCUGAUAGACUUUUCCGUGUCCUCGCAUGGUUUUGCAGCCUCUGCUCUUCUCUUUACUCAGUUCUAUGGCUUCAUUGAUUCUGACCUCUGUAACUCCAUGAUCAGAUGUUAUACUGACUCGAACAAGCAUUUACAUUCAGUUUUUAUAUACACCCAAAUGUGGAAAAAUGGUAUUUUUCCCGACUCUUCAACUUUUCCCACUGUGCUCAAAUCAGUUGCGCAGUUAUGCCGCCAAGAACUUGGAAAAGCGAUACAUUGUUGCAUUAUUCAAAUGGGUUUUGAGUCAAAUGUCUACGUAAGCACUGCACUCGUUAAUAUGUAUGGUAUUUGUUCAUCGGUUACUGAUGCUCGUCAAGUGUUUGAUGAAAUUCCGGACAGAAAUAUUGUGUCGUGGAAUGCUUUGAUCACUGGUUACAACCACAAUAGGAUGUUCAGGAAAGUGAUUGAUGUGUUCAGAGAGAUGCAGAUUGCUGGGGCCAAGCCAGUGGAGGUGACCAUGGUGGGGGUUCUAUUGGCUUGUGCCCAUUUGGGAGCUUUGAACCAGGGAAGGUGGAUUGAUGAAUAUAUCGACCAUAAUAGAUUGAGAUUGAAUGUGUUUGUUGGUACUGCUCUUAUAGACAUGUAUGCCAAAUGUGGGGUUGUUGAUGAGGCAGAAAAGAUUUUCAAAGCAAUGAGGGUAAAGAACGUCUAUACUUGGAAUGUGUUGAUCUCAGGAUAUGCCAUGAAUGGGCGGGGUGAAUCUGCUUUGCAGGCUUUUUCUAGGAUGAUUAUGGAGAAGUUUAAGCCUGAUGAGGUUACUUUCUUAGGUGUACUGUGUGCUUGUUGUCACCAAGGCCUUGUCAAUGAAGGGCGGACAUAUUUUACAAGCAUGAAGGAAGAGUUUGGAUUGCGACCAAGGAUAGAGCACUAUGGGUGCAUGGUUGACCUACUUGGUCGAGCUGGAUUCCUGGAUGAAGCCCAGCAACUAAUACAAACCAUGAGCAUGCAACCUGACCCUAUAAUCUGGAGGGAAUUGCUAGGUGCUUGCCGGAUUCAUGGCAAUAUCCAAUUGGGUGAGUUUGCAAUUAAAAAACUUCUCGAGCUUGAGCCAAACAAUGGUGAGAAUUAUGUGUUGCUAGCAAAUCUAUAUGCUCGGGACCAAAGGUGGGAUAAAGUUGGAGAAGUAAGAGAAAUGAUGGAUUGUAGAAGAGUCCGGAAGGUCCCAGGUUGCAGUUCUAUUGAAAUUGAUAAUGUGGUUUAUGAGUUUGUGGUGUCAAAUUAUAUUAAACCAGGAUUUGAGGAGGUAUAUAAGCUGUUGGCUGAUAUGAACAAGAAAUUGAAAUUGGCUGGUUAUGUUGCAGACACUGGCAUGGCUUCCUAUGACAUUGAGGAAGAAGAGAAGGAACACUCUCUAAUGUAUCAUAGCGAGAAGCUUGCACUGGCAUUUGGACUUCUGAAGUCUCCUUCAGAAAAGAAGCUGAAGUCGAAGACACAUUCUCCUAUUUUGAGAUCCUCAGGAAAAUGUUAUCCGUUGAACUAUAGGUUCAUCAUCCUAGAACUCCAGUGGCCUGCACAGAAAAGUGUCCAGUCGGUGGUCCACUGCCAUGGGGAGGAAGUGCUUGUCUGGACUGAACAGCAAGGAGGAAUAAGAAAAGGAACAAAAGAAGCUGAAGUCGAAGACCCAUUCUCAUAUUUUAAGAUCCUCGGGAAAAUGUUAUCUGUUGAACUAAAGGUUCAUCCUAGAACUCCGGUGGCCUGCUCAGAAAAGUCGGUAGCAAGGAGGAAGUGCUUGUCUGGACUCAACAGCGAGGAAGAAGAAAAGGAAAUCAGUUUACUGGAUGGUUCUCAUUCUAUUUGA